AGAAAGAAGAAAACUUAAAAACUUUUGAAUGGCACUUGGUGUAGUAAUCACUGCAGCACUGGUCUGCGUAUGGGCUGUUGCCAGGGUUCAGCCCUCGACUUGCCAUGUUCUCGAUGCCAAAAUCUCUUGCCUUGACUGCAAGCAUUAUUAUGACUUCUCAGGCAUCAAAGUUGCAGUGAAGUGUGAUAAAGUGAAGAAACUAGCCACCGCAACCGUCGAAGAAAAUGGCGCUUUCAGAGUGGAGCUUCCAUUAGACAUCUCAAAGGGUAAUCCACCACCAUCUCUCGACUGCCUCGCCAAGAUCAUCGGUGGACCGAACCAGCUGUACGGUAAGAACAAGAACAUGGUGUCCAAGGUUGUGAAGGUGAGCAAUGGCGUGAACUCUUACACCACAGCCACACCACUUUCUUUCUCAACUUCCUGUCCUUUGGCUUCGUCGAAGACCGUUGAUCUGCCACUACCGCCGGAGUGGGGACUUGCUCCGUCAAGCUAUUAUGUUCCUUUCUUCCCCAUCAUCGGUAUCCCUUGAUGUUGGUGGCUUCUUCCAGGUUCAUCUUUGUAUAAUAGAGUGAUUAAUAACGUAAGUAUUUGGGAUAAAGACUUAUUAUCAGUAUGUUUAUAUACUUCUUUGCUGUAAUAUAUAAUGAGUGCAGUCUGUUGUAAUAUUUUAAGUAAUUUCUAUUAAUUAUGUGUGUUUAAGAGUGGAGAGAGCUUGAUGUAAUCUU